AUUUUCGUGAACGCGCGUCAAGCAGGAAUGGCGCCCUAAUUGUAGAUAAACGCAAAUUUCUUAUUAAUAUUAUAAGACAACAGCGAAAAUGCAUAUAAAACAGGUGAUAAUUCAGGGUUUUAAGAGUUAUCGCGAGCAAAUCGUUGUCGAGCCCUUCGACAAACGGCAUAAUGUAGUGGUUGGGCGCAACGGUUCCGGAAAAAGCAACUUUUUUCACGCCAUUCAGUUUGUGCUGAGCGAUGAGUUCUCGCAUCUCCGGCCAGAGCAGCGAUUGGCUCUGCUCCACGAGGGCACCGGACCGAGAGUCAUCUCUGCCUUUGUGGAAAUCAUCUUUGACAAUUCAGACAACAGGAUACCAAUUGAGAAAGAUGAGAUCUUCCUCCGGCGCGUCAUCGGGUCAAAGAAGGACCAGUUCUUCCUCAACAAGAAGGUGGUGCCCCGGUCAGAGGUGCUCAAUCUGCUCGAGAGUGCCGGCUUGUCCAACUCCAACCCUUACUACAUUGUCAAACAGGGAAAGAUCAACCAAAUGGCCAUCGCCCCGGAUUCCCACCGAUUGAAGCUGCUCCGAGAAGUCGCCGGAACUAGGGUCUAUGAUGAGCGCAGAGAGGAAUCCGUUACCAUACUCAAAGAAACUGUCGGAAAGGUGGAGAAGAUAAACGAGUUCCUCCAAACGAUCGAGGAGCGUUUGAAGACCCUGGAGGAGGAGAAAGAAGAAUUGAAAGAGUACCAGAAGUGGGAUCGCUCGCGGCGAGUGCUGGAAUUCAUCAUACACGACACCGAGCACCGGGAGAACAAGAGGAAACUGGAGGAGUUGGAGAAGAUACGCACCAACAGCGGCAAAGAGCAACAACACUAUGCGGACAUGGUCAGAGAGGCCCAAGACCAUGUGAGGGAAGCGAGCAGGAAGCUGAAGGAAGCCCGCAAGGAUGUGGCGUCUGCGCGUGAGGAAAAGGACAUUUUAUCCACGGAACAGCAGCAGUUGCUGCGAGAGAAGACGAAGCUUGAGCUUGGCAUCAAGGACUUGAGCGAUGAUGUUGAUGGAGACAAUAAGUCUAAGGAACGUGCCGAAGCCGAAUUAAAGCGCCUCAGACAGCAGAUAUCGGAAAAAGAGAAAGAGCUAGAAGCCCUAAAGCCCAAAUACGAGGAGAUGAAAGCUCGUGAAGAGGAAUGUACAAGGGCGCUAGCACUGAAUCAGCAGAAACGACAAGAGUUGUACGCGAAACAGGGGCGAGGCACCCAGUUCACCUCCAAGCAAGACAGGGAUAGAUGGAUUGAGAAGGAACUUAAGUCUCUAACCAAACAGCUGAAGGACAAGAAAGACCACGAGAACAAGCUCCGCGAAGACUUGCGCCACGACGGCGUCAAACUGACAGACCUCGAGAAGAAGAUAGAAGAGACCACGAAAGAGAUGGAGCGACAGCGGGUCGCUAUCGACGAGCAUAAUAAACAGUACUACGAGUGUAAGAAGAGGAAGGAUCAAGAGCAAAGCGCUAGGAAUGAACUGUGGCGUAAAGAAACUACUCUGACGCAGAAUCUGUCAUCGCUGAAGGAGGACUUGGCCAAGGCUGACCAGGCUCUGCGUUCCAUGGCCGGAAAGCCAAUUUUAAACGGGCGGGACAGCGUGCGUAAAGUACUAGAGACAUUCCAACAGCGAGGGGGAGAGUGGGCUAAAAUAGCCACGCAGUACUUCGGGCCCGUCAUCGAGAACUUCACCUGCGACAAGACCAUCUAUACUGCUGUCGAGGUAACAGCGGGUAACAGACUGUUCCACCACAUUGUUGAAUCUGACACAGUGGGAACCAAGAUCUUGAAGGAGAUGAAUCGUCAAAGUUUACCAGGAGAAGUCACAUUCAUGCCCCUCAACCGAUUGCAAGUUCGGGAUAUGGUCUACCCUAACGACAAUAACGCUAUAGCCAUGGUACAGAAGCUGAAAUACGACCCGAAAUACGCGAAGGCGAUGAAGUACAUCUUCGGCAAGACGCUCAUCUGCAGGAACCUGGAGUGCGCCACCGAACUGGGCAAGCAGUUCCACCUCGACUGCGUAACUCUUGAGGGUGACCAGGUAUCAUCAAAAGGUUCCCUCACCGGGGGUUACUUCAACCAGUCGCGCUCCCGUCUCGAGAUGCAAAAGACCCGCUCCGAGCUGAUGGAACAGAUCACAUCGUUGGAACAAGAGCUCAACACGCUAAGACAAGAACUCAACAAAACUGAAGCCAGCAUCAACAGUAUUGUGUCUGAGAUGCAGAGGACAGAGACUAAACAGGGCAAGGCCAAAGACAUAUUCGACAAAGUGAAGGCCGACAUCCGACUGAUGAAAGAAGAGUUGGCAUCCAUUGAGAGGUUCCGCGGUCCUAAGGAGCGAUCUUUAGCUCAGUGCCGCUCCAGUCUUGAAGCCAUGCAGGCUACUAAGGAGGGACUUGAGUCUGAGCUUCAUCAGGAACUAAUGGAACAACUAUCAACCCAAGACCAGGGUAAAGUGGACGAGUUGAACGAUGCCAUCCGUCGACUAACCCAGGAAAACAAAGAGGCGUUCAGCGCUAGGAUGAACCUCGAGGCCCACAAGAAUAAGCUUGAGAAUCUGCUCACUAACAACUUAAUCAGACGUAAAGACGAGCUCGUCCAAGCUCUCCAAGAAAUCUCCGUCGAGGACCGCAAACGUCGCCUCGCCAACAGCGAGUCGGAUCUCGCGGCCGCCGAGAAGCGCAUCAAACAGAUCAACAAGGAAAUGGACGAAGUCGAGAGGAAGGUGCAAGCUGCGGUGAAAAAUGAGAAGGGGCUGAAGCUUGAACUGGAUAAAUGGAGGAACAAGGAAAAAGAAGCUCAAGACAAAAUGGAAGAAGACGCCAAAGGUCUCGAGAAGAUGGCAUCGAAAGAGGUGCUGCUGCAGGAGAAAAUACAAGAGUCUCUCGACAAGAUCGCGGCGCUCGGAACAUUGCCCAACGCGCCCGAGCUACACGCCAAGUACCAGAAGAUGUCGCUGAAACAGCUGUUCAAAGAGCUGGAUAAAGCCAACCAGCACCUCAAGAAGUACAACCACGUGAACAAGAAGGCCUUGGACCAGUUCAUCAGCUUCUCCGAACAGAAAGAAAAGCUGUACAAGCGGAAGGAGGAACUCGAUAUUGGUGGCGAAAAAAUCCGAGAGCUCAUCGAAACACUCGAGCACAGAAAACUCGAAGCCAUACAGUUCACGUUCAAGCAAGUCAGCAAGAACUUCACGGAGGUUUUCAAGAAGUUGGUACCGCAGGGUAGGGGCAGUCUCAUCAUGCGCGUAGCGACUGACGAUGGGCAAGAAAUUAAUGCUGACCGGGCGAACGCAGACCAAUUCACCGGCGUGGGCAUCAAAGUGUCCUUCACUGGCGGAGAAGGCGAUAUGCGAGAGAUGAACCAACUCUCCGGAGGACAGAAGUCUCUUGUAGCGUUAGCGCUUAUCUUCGCUAUUCAGAAGUGUGACCCUGCGCCUUUCUACUUGUUCGAUGAAAUUGAUCAGGCCCUGGACGCGCAGCACCGCAAAGCGAUCGCGAACAUGAUCCACGAGCUGUCGGACUCGGCGCAGUUCAUCACCACCACCUUCCGGCCCGAGCUGCUCGAGCACGCGCACAAGUUCUACGGCGUCAAGUUCCGGAACAAGGUAUCUCACGUGGACUGCGUGACGCAAGACGAAGCUCGCGAUUUCGUGGAGGACAGCGUUACACAUGCGUAAACUGUCAAAUGCGACACCAAUCUACGAAUAUAUCAGCAGAGACAUUGGACAUUGAUGUUCAAAAUGACGCCAAGAGUCUGACCACUGAUCAUCAGUAUAACUCUGUCACUAACUAAGCUACAGUUGUAUGCAGAAACUUUGUAGUUUUUGCGAAGUCGUUCGAAUUGAUCGCGAAAUCUGUGUUAUUUUUCAAAGAUUCAAGAAAAAACAAGUAGGUACCGCAAAAAAAGACCAUUUGCUGGUGCAUUUUCGCUAAAAAAUGAAGAGUAUAUUCUCUAGUAUUUAAAUAAAUCUUUACAAAUGAGAGGA